AUGGCCCUGCUGUCCCAAGGGUCCCUGCCCGGGUCUGCAGUGGCCUCCUCUGAUGACAUCUCCGGUUUAGGGGUGCUGGCAUGGCUGCUGCUCGCUGCGACACUUGCCCUGUGCCCUGGGGUUUCCGUAUACCAUAUAGAAGCUGCCCUGAGCUCUCCUGUUGCAAGUGUGCCUCUGCUGACUGUGGAGACCCGGACUAACGUGCUUCCCAACUUGUUAUACUGCGUUGUGGAAAACGUCUGCGGAAAGGAGACCAAACGCUGGAUGAGGAGGACGACCUGCCCACAAGCCCCUCCACCCUGGGUGUCCUUGGCCUCUUGUGACACGCUCCGACUUUCUAAGCCUCAUGAGUUCUCAGGUUUCUGUUUCUGGAAAGAGAAAAUGUACCUGGAACCUUUGGAGCGAUGCCAGCUUGGAGCCAUCUGUAGCAGCGCCUUGUUUGCUGACAAUCUGUGGGCCUGCUGCUGCCCUGCUCCCCAGAACCAGAGGGCAUCUCCAGCCAAGAGCCACCGCUGCCGCGGCGCUGCCGCCGGGGAGGGGCAACCGCUGCCGCCCAGGACUGGGCCUUUAGGGAGGUGGAGGCAAGAAGAUGGCUUGGAGGCGGCCCGUGGCAAUGGCACCAGCAUGAUAUCACUGAUCAUUCCUCCCAAAGACCAGAUUUCACGAGUGGCAAAAAUGUUAGCAGAUGAGUUUGGAACUGCAUCUGACAUUAAGUCACGAUUGUUUACUGUGGAACCCUUGCAACAGAAGAAGGAAAGGAAAAGAAAGUCAAAGACAAAACUAUGUCGGAAAGUCGCAGAAACUGCUGUGCAGCUGUUUAUUUCUGGGGACAAAGUGAAUGUGGCUGGUCUAGUUUUAGCUGGAUCUGCUGACUUUAAAACUGAACUAAGUUAAUCUGUUAUGUUUGAUCAGAGGUUACAAUUGAAAGUUUUAAAAUUAGUUGAUAUAUCCUAUGGUGGUGAAAAUGGAUUCAAUCAAGCUAUUGAAUUAUCUACUGAAGUCCUCUGCAACAUGAAGUUCAUUCAAGAGAAGAAAUUAAUAGGACGAUACUUUGAUGAAAUCAGCCAGGACACGGGCAAGUACUGUUUUGGCGUUGAUGUUACGCUAAAGGCUUUGGAAAUGGGAGCUGUAGAAAUUCUAAUAGUCUAUGAAAAUCUGGAUAUAAUGAGAUAUGUUCUUCAUUGCCAAGGCACAGAAGAGGAGAAAAUUCUCUAUCUAACUCCAGAGCAAGAAAAGGAUAAAUCUCAUUUCACAGACAAAGAGACCGGACAGGAACAGCUUAUUGAGAGCAUGCCCCUGUUGGAAUGGUUUGCUAACAACUAUAGAAAAUUUGGAGCUACGUUGAAAACUGUCACAGAUAAAUCACAAGAAGGGUCUCAGUUUGUGAAGGGCUUUGGUGGUAUUGGAGGUAUCUUGCGGUGCCAAGUAGAUUUCCAGGGAAUAGAAUACCAAGGAGGAGACGAUGAAUUUUUUCACCUUGAUGACUACUAGGUAGUCGACAUGGGUCUGGCAAAACGUGCCUCACCCUCCAGCAUCCAACCCAAGGAGCAUACCCAUGGUGGAAUCCAAACAGAUCCCUGCCUUACAAUUGGAACAUUUCCAGAACUUAAUCCAUGAGCAUUGGAUAUUGAAAAGAAACUGAAACAAAACCAGAGCCAGCCCUACACUUUGGUUUGUCAUGGUGUCAGCGCAGCAGCCUACGACUAAGUUCCUAAAUGCCACUUUGGACUAAUUUAAAAAAGAAUCUCAGUUUUUACUUUUACUCAAUGGUGAAAUUGGUUGCUCUUGUAUUUUAUGAAAAAAAAAAAUGAUUUUUUUAACUUUCAUAUAUAGAAGCAAAAAUACUUUAACUGCUGUAAACCUUCAAAAGUUAAUAGAAAU